CACAGUCCAAAAGGAAGCGGAACUCGUCCACCUGGAGAAGGUAGCAGAGGGCAGACUCCUCCUGAACUCCUGACAAAGCUGUCAGCUUGAUAAUGGACGUCAUCGUGGCUCAUUCACUUCUCUUCACGCUGUAGGAAAAGCAAACAUGGUCAACUUUGUAGCAUUCGCCCGUGAUCACUGGGUGAACGUGCUGGUGCCCAUGGGUUUUGUGAUCGGAUGGUACCUUGACAAACAACAGGACCAGAAGCUGACCGCUUUCAGGAACAAAAGCGUUCUAUACAGAAGGGAGCUGAAGCCUGGCGAGGAGGUGACUUGGAGGUAGACUUCUCAGUAACUGAUGGGUGGUCUUCAAAUAAGAAUAUUUAAGAAGACUCAUGUUGUCUUUACUUUUUAGUUGUAUCAACCAACAAUAAAUGUACUUUCUGAUCAAAC